AUGACAUCAAUUCCUGUUGUUUUGACAGAGAACACAAGCGGGGAGCAGGCCGGGGCGGGGGAUGAAGGGCGUGCCGUGACGACGACCACAACGGUGGCGGUGGGCGCGGUAGGUGUGGAAGGCGGAGGUGGUGGACAUCGGGGGGCGAUAGAGGCCAAACCGCCGCUGCACACCAAGCUAGACGUGAUCAAGAAGGAGCAGAAUAAGAAGAGCCAGAGCUACAAGGUGGAGUCAGUGUCUGGGGGAGUAAACUCCGACAUGCACAACUUCUCCCUGGAUAACAAGAGGGAGACCGAGUAUGGCCCAUGCAGGAGAGAGAUGGAAAGCAUCCUGAACAGUCUUAAAAUCUCCAAUGUGCUCAACCCCAGAGGCUUCCGCAUCCCCAACUGUGACAAAAAGGGCUUCUACAAGAAAAAACAAUGCCGUCCUUCCAAAGGGAGGAAGAGGGGUUACUGCUGGUGUGUGGAUAAGUACGGUCAGCCUCUCCCUGGCUAUGAUGGAAAGGAGAGAGGAGAAGCCCAGUGUUACAACCUGGAGAACAAAUAAGAGGCAGAGAGAGGAUGGAGUGAUGGAGAGAGGAAUGAGGCAAGGAGAGAGGAAUGAGGCAAGGAGAGAGGAAUGGGAGAGAGAGAUACUUGUUUUUUACUCCUGCCUUGCACGUAACCGUCGAAAGAGUGCUGGACCGUUGACCUCAGGUCACAUGAC